AUGAAUAAACUUUGUAUUCAAAUUGUUUUAUUUCUUUUAAGCAUCUCCGUAUGCGUGAAUACUGAAACCCUUGCAGCUGAGCCUACUCCAAAAAAAAAUACAGAACCCAUAUUAAAUAAAUUUACAAAACUCAUAUUAAAAAAAAAUAAAGAACCCAAACCAGAAAAAAUUUAUCCUACUCCAGAAGAAAUAUAUGAAAAAAACAAGCACUUAUUAUGUACCAAUCCCGAAGAAAUUAUACAAGCAGAAAAACUUAUGAACGAUGCUGUAAAAAAUUUAAAAUAUCAUGCUAGAAAUAAAUAUGGUUAUUAUUUCAAUGGAGAAUAUUGGCCUCAUACUAUGAAUUCUUAUAAAAAAAUAUAUCGAGAUCUUACAUGUGUUGAAAAAAUUGAAUAUACAAUUAAUGAUCCAAAUAAGUAUAAUAAAAUAAUAAACAAGUUUUGGGAUCCCGAUAGUAACGAUUUGUUUUAUAAAUGCUCGGCUAAAAGAAAAAUUGCCCGUGUGUACAGUCCAAAUUUACUAAUAAUACAGCAACGUUUCAAAAAAUGGCCAUGGUCUCGUGAGAAAUAUUUUUAUGCUUUAGCUGCAGAAUUUAAAAUAUCAGAAGACAAAACUAUAAUUGUCAUGACUUCAGCAAAUAUAAAUGAUCACAAUAGUAAAAAUAAGAAACCCUUUGAAAACAAAAUAAUAAAAAGCGCAAAUUUAUUCGAAACUGACAUUGAUUCUGAAGAUGAUAUUAGAAAAGGAAAAUUAAAAAAAUCAAUUGUUAACAUAGCUGGAUACAUCAUUAAAAAAAAAGACAAAUAUCUUGAUAUCACCUAUGUCGAAUCUGUAAUCAAUAUACAAAUUUUAGAAACAUAA